AUGCCUAAAGCUGAUUGCUAUGUCGGGGAACUACCUGGGAACCUCACAUCGCUGAUUAAUGACACCUGCGAGACCAAUGCUAAUGUACCAUGUAAUACAGUGUGCAUGUUUAAGUGUGACGAAGGAUACACCAUCACUCACAAUAAAUCCAUCAUCUGUAAAAUAGGAAUGUUUACACCUGACAUUCCAUCGUGCAAUGAGACGGAUGAAUGUGCUUCUAACCCGUGUGUUAACAACGGUACAUGUGUAGAUCUCUUAAAUGACUAUAAUUGUACCUGUGUACCUGGAUAUGAAGACAAGAACUGCCAGAACGAGACGGAUGAAUGUGCUUCUAACCCGUGUGUUAACAACGGUACAUGUGUAGAUCUCUUAAAUGACUAUAAUUGUACCUGUGUACCUGGAUAUGAAGACAAGAACUGCCAGAACGAGACGGAUGAAUGUGCUUCUAACCCGUGUGUUAACAACGGUACAUGUGUAGAUCUCUUAAAUGACUAUAAUUGUACCUGUGUACCUGGAUAUGAAGACAAGAACUGCCAGAACGAGACGGAUGAAUGUGCUUCUAACCCGUGUGUUAACAACGGUACAUGUGUAGAUCUCUUAAAUGACUAUAAUUGUACCUGUGUACCUGGAUAUGAAGACAAGAACUGCCAGAACGAGACGGAUGAAUGUGCUUCUAACCCGUGUGUUAACAACGGUACAUGUGUAGAUCUCUUAAAUGACUAUAAUUGUACCUGUGUACCUGGAUAUGAAGACAAGAACUGCCAGAACGAGACGGAUGAAUGUGCUUCUAACCCGUGUGUUAACAACGGUACAUGUGUAGAUCUCUUAAAUGACUAUAAUUGUACCUGUGUACCUGGAUAUGAAGACAAGAACUGCCAGAACGAGACGGAUGAAUGUGCUUCUAACCCGUGUGUUAACAACGGUACAUGUGUAGAUCUCUUAAAUGACUAUAAUUGUACCUGUGUACCUGGAUAUGAAGACAAGAACUGCCAGAACGAGACGGAUGAAUGUGCUUCUAACCCGUGUGUUAACAACGGUACAUGUGUAGAUCUCUUAAAUGACUAUAAUUGUACCUGUGUACCUGGAUAUGAAGACAAGAACUGCCAGAACGUGACCGUACCAUCUACGGGUACUUCAGCUUCUAACACUCCAACGGAAUUGAUGUCUUCACCAUUAUCAACCCCCUCACCGACAGAACUUGUGACCGUACCAUCUACCGGUACUCCAGCUUCUAACACUCCAACGGGAUUGAUGUCUUCACCAUCAUCAACCCCCUCACCGACAAAAUCUGUGACCGUACCAUCUACCGGUACUCCAGCUUCUAACACUCCAACGGGAUUGAUGUCUUCACCAUCAUCAACUCCCUCACCGACAAAAUCUGGUAAAAGAUUAUUGAUCAAUCCUGAUAUCCACGGAGCCAUCGUUCCUUAAGCUUUUGAA